UAUACAUUUUAUUUUCUUCAUGUUUGACGACAUAUGCAAUCAUGUUGGUGACCAGUAAAUUUCAACCCACCAGCUAGCUGCUUAAACCAUUGACACACUCUGCUGUCCAUCUUCAUUUCUCUGCAUCAUCAUCAUCAACAAAUAACAAUUAAUAAUGAUGCUAGGCGAAGAUGACAAUCAAAAGAUGUCAGCAACAACAACCGGUCAGUCUCAUCCCAGCAGGAAAUCAUCCAAACCCGAUUCUUUCGGAAUGUUGAAGAAGUUGCUGCUUGGCUUGUAUUUGGGAUUAUUUGCAUGGGCUUAUCAAACCGCUGUUCCACCACCUCCCAAAUCAUUGGGAUCACUUGACGGAAUUACUUCUUCUCCAAGGAUACAGCUCCGUGAUGGAAGACAUAUUUCGUAUAUAGAAUCCGGCGUUUCUAAAGAUACGGCUAAGUUCAAGAUAAUAUUAGUCCAUGGGUUCGGCGCUAGCAAGUACCUUAAUCCAUUUACCUCUUCAGCCUCACCAGGUGUUAUUGAAGAAGUCGGGGUGUAUGUUGUUGCAUUUGAUAGGCCCGGAUAUGGAGAGAGUGACCCUGACCCUAAUCGAACUGUUAAGAGUUUGGCUUUGGAUAUCGAGGAGCUGGCUGAUCAGUUAAACCUGGGACAGAGGUUUUAUGUGGCUGGAUAUUCAAUGGGUGGACAAGUCUUAUGGUCUUGUCUCAAAUACAUCCCUCACAGGCUUGCAGGAGCGAUCCUUAUAUCUCCGGCUGUGAAUUACUGGUGGGCUAAUCUGCCAUCAAACUUAACAAACGAAGCAUUUUCACGACAACUUCCACAAGAUCAAUGGUCUUACCGAGUUGCUCACUACCUUCCGUGGCUAACUUACUGGUGGCAAAGUCAGAAAUGGUUUCCUUCUUUCGCUCUUAUUGAUGGAAACAUUGAUUGUCUUUCUCGUUCUGAUAGAGAAAUUGUUUCAAAAUUGUUUGCGUCUGCGGAUCCAAAUCAGCUACAAGAGAUGAAACUGCACCCAACACAGCAAGGAGAAUAUGAGUCACUGUAUCGUGAUUUGAAUAUCGGAUUCGGAAAGUGGGACUUUGAUCCAAUGGACAUAGAAAAUCCAUUCCCAAACAACAACGGAACGGUUCAUCUAUGGAUGGGUGAUGAAGACUUGGUCGUGCCUGUGACACUACAACGUUAUAUCGCUCAACAACUUAGAUGGGUCAAGUAUCAUGAAGUUGUUGGAGGUGGACACAUGUUGACUUAUGUUGAUGGAGUGACCGACGCUAUGCUUAAAGCCCUCACUACAGUAGAAAUUUAGCUCUAUAUAUAUAGAGAGAAAAGCUACGAACAAGCGGCACAAAAUGUUGGUUUUAAUCCAUUUAGUUGUUUAACUUGAUGUAUGUUUAUUUCCAUGUCAGUAUUAUACAGUAUCCUCAUAUCAUAUUUUCAAAUGUCCUUUGUCAAACAAUGUCCUUCAAGUUAAGGGUUUCCAUACACGAACG